AAGUCCCCACCGCGGCGGCUCGCCGGCACGGCGCGUCGUGGGCGACUGGAGCCGCAGGGAGCGGAACCCUCGGGGUUUGGCGGGCGGUCGCUCGACCGCUCGGCCGGGAAAUGUGCGAGCGUCUCCCGUCCGCGGCUCCGCCUCUCGCACCUUUGGACGUCGGUUUGCAAGGAGCCGAGCUGCAAGACUUCUUCGCCUUUUGCUCCGCGUGAUCCAACCGAGGUGGGCUGAUGGAUGCCGGCUGCUGCUGCUGCUGCCGCCGCCGCCGCCGCCAGCGGUGCUGAGGUGAAAGCGGGGCGCUCAGCGACCAGGCGACCGUCGGUGCGAAGGAUGCCCGGGUUGAAGCGGCUGCUGAGAGUCAGGCUGGGCUGCCGCCGAUGCUCCGCCGCGCAGUGCCUCUUCUGGGCAGCGUGCUGGGCGGUAGGGGGCGGCCUCUUCGCCUUCUUCUUCCUGGCGCACGGGGGCGUCUUCUCGGGCCGGUGCACGGACGAGCAGAGUCGCCGGAUCCUGGCCAAGCUGUGUUUUGACUACGGGACGGGCAUGUUGACUGGGGAUCUUUGUGAAGACUUAUGCGUGGCCCAGACUUUGACCUAUAAACGCUGCCUUUAUUAUGACCAGGGGAAAAAGGUAAUCCAAGCUGACUGGAGAGGCCGCCCUGUGAUCCUAAAAUCAAAAAAUGAAAUAUUUUCUAGCUACCAUGGUCUUGGAUUUUUGGAAGAAAUGGAAUCACAGGGAAUUCCGGAAACAGAGCUGCUUCUGAUGGUUGCUUUGGAAGUCAAGAACACAUUGGGUUUGGAAUUUCCUAACAAAACUGUGGGACCCUUGUGGAAAAGAAGUGGCCCACACUGGAAAGCACAGCUGGCUAGUUUGUGGUCUUUACUCCAGCAGGAAGAGUACAUUUAUUUUAGUGUUUUGCAAGACAUCAGUAAACAUGUUCUAAGGGUUAUCGGUUCUUGUGGCCACUUUUAUGCGGUGGAAUAUCUGACAGCCGGACACGCGUGGCAUAGUACGCUUUUCUCCGUGGAAGAUGCCGUUGGUGCUUCCCUCUCUGGGAUUAAACACAAGGCCAAAGCCAUAAUCCAAAUUGCAAUCAGCUUUUUGGAUAUGGUGAAUCAUUUUGACAAUGACUUUUCUUAUCCUCUUCAUCUCUGUGAUAUUAAGCCGGAAAAUUUUGCCAUCCGGAAUGAUCUGACGGUGGUUGCCAUCGAUGUAGAUAUGGCCUUUUUUGAACCUAAAAUGAGAGACAUCCUCGAACAAAACUGCUCAGGAGAUGAAGACUGUGUUUUUUUCGAUUGCUUUUCCAAAUGCGAUCUGAAGAAUGGAAAAUGUGGAGCAGAAAGAGCCAAUACUAACCUUCAAGUCAUCUGUGAUAAAAUAUUUCGCCCCUGGUUCACUCUAAACCUUGGAGGAUCAGCCGUUUCCUUUCCCAUGCAGCUGCAGUUACAGGAGGCUGUGCAUGAUUGUGCACAACCAAGGAUCAAGGAUAUUUCCAAGAUCCAGAGCAAUUCUGCAAAUUCUUUUUCUCAGCUGUACCACUUGCUCCAAGUCAGCCAAAAAGAACUUCAGAAAUCUAGUCUAGCAGAUUCAUCAGUUAUGGCUAUCCAGAAUACAUAGCUUUUUCUUAUUGCUGUUGCUGAAUUAAAUUAUUUUCUACUUAUUUUUUAUUUUACUAUAUUUUGAAAACCACAACUGAGCUUGAUAUAUAUAUAUAUAUUAGAAUGAAAUCCUGAUUUAACAGACUUACAUUCAGUAGACUUUGGAUACAGUGGACCAAAUUUCUAUUUGGACAGCUCCCCUGAAAUAACAGAAGUCUGUUGCACAUAGAUUUGUUUAGAUUAAUUUACACUAAUUUUAAUUUACACAAAUUUUCUCUUAAUUUUAUGAUACAACACUUUAUGCCAUUUGCAUAAUGAUAUCAUUAUGUAAGUGAUGCCAGUCACUGUGAAGAUGUACUUUUGUAUUUAUCAGGCAUUGGGAGUAACAAAUAUAUCCUCCUUUCAUCAAAUGGUACAUUCAGUUGAGGUUUAGCAGUAUUAAUUCUUUCUGAAAUGUGGAAAGCAGUAAUAUCAGCCAAACUAAUACAAGACUCAAUCAUUUACAUUUCAAAGUAUUUAAGGGAGGAGAAAAAUAGAACAUCUUAGUAAUUUAAUUUUACUUCUAAAAUGAAUAGUUGAGGAUGUGACUUGAGUGUUUCAUAAACAUGCUCAAUGAAGAUCUUUGCAAAGAUAGCGUUUCAUAUUUUAACGAACGGCAGUUUUUAAAUAAAUUUAUCAGUUACAGCCUCCUUGUUGCUCAUAUUUAGGUCAAAUUAUUUUAGCUUAACAAAGUUUAGUGAUGGAACUGGAAUAGAGAAUAAAUGCAAUGUCAUAUUGUUGUUAUAUCUGGACCCGCAAGUUGUGUUCUCUGUUUGAGUGAUGCUGUAACACUGAUGGAAUUAACUAGCAACUUUAUGAAGGACAAAUACAUAUAUUUGACACUGUUUACUAGAUUGUAAUCCAAGGAUAGCUUUAAAUCAGGACCAGCUUGUUUUAUGGCUGCAGUCUCUUAUGGUAAACAGGUCUGAGAUGGCAUGACAUUGGUUGGGACCAAAACUCAGUGCUAAUACCCAAUGAUAAAACACUGUUUUUUUCUCUCUCUAACAUCCCAGCCAGUUUCUUAUUUUCUUCAACAUCCUCGUCCUUUCCCAGGCUGGGAAAGCUAUAAAAACUAUAAGUGAAAUAACUUUUAGCAGAAAUCUGACAAAUCUUUUCCAAGUGGUUUUUAAACUUAACUGCUGUGAUGAAGUUGGAUUCUCCUUAUUCAUAAUUCUCCUUAUUCAUGAUUCUCCCACCUGUAUUUUUCCUCUUAUUUGAACCAAUUCCUUUGAACUGCAUAUUCCACAAAAGUGUGAGAGGAGUAGGGGUGAAAUGCUACCGGUUCGCACCGGUUCAGGCAAAUUGCUAGCGGCGGCGGCGAGUGAUUUGGAGAAGCGGUAGCGGCGGCAGCCCACCCGCCCGGACGCUGUUACUUCCUGAUUUGAGGACUACCUGUGUUCAUAAAACAUGCUUCACCUAGUUCAGGGGUGUCAAACUCACGUCAUCAGAUAAGUGUCACAUGACAUAUUGGGACUUUUUUCUCCCUUCACUAAACCAGGCUUGGGUGUGGCCAGCGCAUGACGCAUCUGGCCUGUGGGCCGUGAGUUUGACAACCCUGACCUAGUUACUGGGUUAGCCUGUUUGGUGGGGUUUGUAUCAUGCCUUGACAUGCAAACAAAACCAAGUACUUCCAAAUAAAUAAGGACAGGUUUGCAGCCUGGGUAAAAAAUACUUGUCAAGUGGAGCUUCCUUUUAUUCCUUCCAUAACAUCAUCAUAAAUGAAAUGAAACAGACGUUUUUUCCUAGUUCCAAAGCUUUAAACCAAACUUUUAAAUGAGCAAAUUAUAGUUCUGUGCCAUUACUUAGAAGGCUGCAGUCCUAGCUGAUUUAUCUGUAAGUCAAAAUGAGAUUUAUUUAUGAGGAAAUAGGCAAUAAAAAUACUGGAACAU